CUCUCCUGUCUAUGCUCAGCGAAGACUCGCAAUGGGCUUUAGUGUGUCCAUUGCAUAAUAACUGCAGAGAAUGCCCUUGACAAAAGUCCGCACAGAGUUGCUUUCAGCAUGACGGCUGCACAGGACACUGACCGAAUAGGGGAAGACUUGCACGAGACUGAACCUUUGAGCGUUUAACCAGAGUUGAAGUGUCUGUGCAAGCACAUAACACUGGAAGACUUCUUCACAUUAUCAUGGGGAUAAGGUACCUUUUAUUGCUGCUGAUCUACCUGGACCCCCUGAGCGUCUUGAGCGCCGCAACGGGCGGUAAAAAAUCCAAGCAGGCGACCAGGAAGGCUCCGAAAGCCACCGCUAUCCCCACGGUCGUCCCGCAGAAGACUCCAAAACCGUCGCCCGUCAGGAAACACGAGUCCUGCAAGGGCUACUUCGAUGUAAGCGGGCAGUUUGACAGUGCGUUCGAGUGCAACAACACGGAUCACCGGUACUGCUGCGGGACAUGCUUCCUGCGCUUUUGCUGCGAGUAUAAGAAAGACCGACUUGAUCAGACUGCGUGCACGAACUACGUAACGCCGGGCUGGUUGGAGACGGCCACUCCGUCCCCCAGCCCGACCGGUGAUCCCUAUCCCUACAUGGAUCAGACCAACACGGCGGUCUACAUCACCUGUGGGAUCAUAGCCUUCAUCAUAGUGUUGGGAGUGUCGGCCAAAGUUGCAUAUGACAAAGCCACAGAGCCGCCUCAGGAAAUGAAUAUACACAGGGCCCUUGCAGACAUCCUGAGGCAGCAGGGGCCCAUCCCUAUAUCACAAUACGACUGUGAGAAUUUUGCAGCCAUGAAUGGCUCACCCAAAGACAACACACCAGUCAGAACCUCAUCCAAGAACCACUACACCCCUGUUCACACCUCCAAAUCCAACCAUGGUCUCCACUACGGAAAAGAGAGCGUCAGAAGCAGUGGAGGCGCUGACCUUCACAACUUUAUCUCUUCUGGUUUUGUGACACUGGGACGAGGCCAUCAGAAAGGAACGGAUUCUCUUUCACCAAACAUCAUGACUUUGUUUCCAAGUGCACAAGACUGCAGGAGCCUGCAACGCUUCUCUACCAGAGAUGAGUAA